UGAGUAAACUGUAAACGUACCCCGUGCUUUCCGUUUUGGCUGUGCGGCCCAAAACACUUGAUCUUCCUUUAUUAACAGACAAGCAUCCAUAUGAGUUGCCUUCGUUUUCUCUGUUUCGCUUCCGCCAGCCCUUCCGGCCUUCAUGCAUAACUGGAUCGUUCUGCAUCUGUCUUUUCACUAGCCUCGACUCCCUUUUCUUUCCUUCUUGUCUCUCUUCUUGGAACGUUGCUCCGACCGCGGUAUAUUUCCGGGAAAAUCGGUCUUUCUUUGCAUUGUAGAUCGUUCCCCGCAUUGUUUUAUAUUUCUUUGAUGGCCAACAAGAUAGCGAUGGUCGCUGGUGGUGCACAGGGAGCUUUGCAAAGAGGCAAGGCGUGUCUGCGGUGCAGGAAACGGAAGAUGAGAUGUGACGGUAUGAAACCAGCGUGUCAGCAGUGUGUGCGUGCCAAGAAAGCAGAUUGCUGUGAAUAUGAUGAUGGCAAGGGCAAGACGCGGACACAGAUUCUCAAGGAGACAAUAGCUCGUCUCGAACAGCGUAUACGGGAGCUCGAAGAUCCCGAAUACGUAUCACCUGCCAUCACACUGCACGACCCUCAUGCCUAUCAUCAUUCUGAAUCCUCAUCAUCUUCGUUGGGCUCUCCGGGCAGUACUUCGUUUUCUGCAUCACAUUCCCCCUUCCCCUCUGACACGACCAGCUCACCGGCACGACCAUGGACAAAUUUACCAGGCGUAUCUCCUUCAGCCACUCCCUUUUCCUCCGAGAUAUUCUUUGACGAGCCCCAGAUUCCUGGCCCAUUCGACCUUGCACCCGCCCUCUUGGAUCUCUUUGCCCCUCAUCGUCACCAGUGCGGCUUUGAAGUGCACAUGGGCAGUCUCAGGGAUAGCCUCAACCUCCCCAUGUCGGAACAGCGUCAUCCCGCCCUCAUGAACGCCAUCUAUCUCUGGGCCUGUUUUGUCUCGCGGCCAGAGCCUCUCUGUGAGCACGAGGAUCACUUCCUCACCCAGGCCGUCCAGGCACACCAGCAAGGCCUUCGGCUUGCCGACAAAGUCUUGGACAUCAUACAAGCUUCGUGCCUCCUAUCUCUCUACUUCCUCGCAAAUGGGCGGCUGCUCGAGGGAAGCUACCACGCCAGCGCCGCGGCUGCCCUGGCGAUCCAAAUGGGCCUCCACGUGGAUGUCUCACCAGAGCAUCAUCAGUGGAUGAACGACUCCACAGAGUCUUUCGAUCUCAAGCCGCAAAAGAUCGAUCUGAGACGCGGCGAGCGCGUUCUGGCAUUCUGGCAAGUAUACAACCUGGAUCGAUGCUGGUCCGUCGUGCUUAGGAAGCCUCCUGUCCUGCCGGAUGGGUCAAACCCUUGGACCUCGAUAACCUGCCCUUGGCCACGAGACAUGGCGGAGUAUGACUCGGGUUAUAUCGAGUCAAACUCCCCGUACCACACCAUUGCGAGUUUCUUGAAUGGGGAUGUAGCCUCGGGGAGCUUCUCGCUGCAGACCUUGCGUGCAAAGGCCUCCACCCUCUUCGGCCACGCGGACCAGCUAUCCCGGGCGUGGGACUCUCGAAAACCCUCACCAGGGAAUCAAGAACAGAUACGAGCGCUAGAGAUUACAAUCACGCGGUUUUUAUCAACACUGCCUCCAGUACAUUCAAUGGAUGCAACGAUGCCUGACGAUAGACAAAUCUUAAUCACAGUACAUACUCUUGCGCACGCUUCUAUAAUAAUCCUCCACCAGCCGUUCGCUCGUGACGAUGCCCACUCGUAUGACAGAUCUUCUCGGGCUGCUAGAGCCUGCGCCUUGAUUAUUAAAUCUAUGACGGAUUCCGAUUUUAACUUUCUGGAUCCCAUAGUUGGCACUUGUUGGACAUCAGCGGCGGAAAUCAUUGUCCGGGAGCUCGAUACUUUGGAAUCAUCGUGGCCACCCAUGGAUAGUUCCGAUGUGCGAAGCGAACUUGGUACGAUUCUAUACGCCAUGACCAGUUUUCAUUCCCGUUUUCCUAUCCUGGGUAUUCCGAUAGCGAAAGUCCAGAAGAGGCUGGAAGUAUAGGAUUCAAUCUCGACGUACGAGGAUGCUAAUCCCUCCCUCUUGGACUCUUUACGAGGACACUCUUAAAAAAGACAAUUGCCCAUUGCAUGGACAUUGUAAACAUGGACAUGUUUCGUUUCGGACUCGAACAUCUGUUGUUAUACACUCGGACUCGCGCUUUUUGGACUAAGUUUGCCCUUACGGAUGCGCCUGGUCGUACCCUUAACGCUCUUUGACGAUGUUUACGAUACCUUUGCAUUAGAACCAUGGACUAUGGACUACGACUCACUCGGACUUGUACUAAUAGGCAUUGCAUCUUUAUUGACUCCUCCAGCUUAUCUCACUCACACCUUACUUAUAAUGUAGUUUUAUCGUUACUUACCUGUACCUAUUGUUCCGGACUCUUGCUCUCUUGUGUUGUUGCUUUCUAGGUGUUAGGACGCUCGCAUAAAAAAAAAAAAAGAAAAAAGG